ACAGAAUUACCGAAAAACAAAAAGAUCUGUGUUACAUUGUGGCCAAGAGAAGCCGUUGGCUUAAUAAAAGAGCACGCCGUGCUAAAAACCCAAAACGUUGUCUCAAGUGAGUCUGUUGGAGGGCAGGAGGGGUGGCACUCACUUGCCACAACCCCAUUAGGGGAUAUAAUAUGGUAUGAGCACAUUUCAUGUACAUAUAUAUAAGCAAGAAGGUCCUCGGAUCGAAACCGGCCUGGCCCUGUCUUCCCGUGUCCGCGUGUAUUUCCUCCUCCGGGUGCUCCGAUUUCCUCCCACAGUCCAAAGACAUGCAGGGCCUCAGGACUGGUGUCGGAUGCCAAGCAACAGGAGGAGAGCCUGCCAGCUUCUUUGCAUAACCUCUGAUGAAAGUUAGUGGAUUGUGCCUGUUAAUUUCCCAGCAUGUUUCAGGAAUGCAGCACCAUGUCAUCAAAUUUCCGCUAAAAGACCAGGCUACUCCCCACCCAGUUUCUGUUGAGAAAUAUUUGAUAAUCCUGCCACAGGGAAGUUCCCCCUCUUCCUAGUAAACCACAACCCUAUCUAAUAAGUUUUAAGAUAACAGAAUUGUUGUGUUAAGAAAACAAUACAGAUAAAUUCUCACAGAGGACCCAUGGUGACCAACUGUAGUGCCCUGAAUAUGUGACAAGAGUUUUUACCUGACAGCACAAACUGAUGCAUAAAACAGAUAGCAGAAAUUGCUCUCUGUUUGUGCAACCCCCUUCCCCCACCCUACAGGAAUACAUACGCCCAACAUUAUACAGGUCAUCAGCACCCCCCAGACAUACAAACAUGGCAGUCACACCAUGCAUUUGACAACUGCAUGAAGGCCUGUGGGGUCAUCAGCAGUGGCUAUGAAUAGUACAAGUUGGCAUGGAAACCUUCCUCAGAACCACUGGGUGACAUUGCAUGAGGGAAAGCCUGGCAUAUGCACUCUGGCCAGCCAGGUCAAAGUAGAGCCUAUAAAUAAGACAGCCCUGGCACAGGCAGCACCCUUGUAGUCCUGGCCUGGUAAGACUCCGUGGCGGCGACUGGAACUGGCUCCUUGCAGCCUCUUGGGAGUGACUCCAUCACCUGAUUCCAGUGCCGGGAUUUCCACCCUGCUGUGCCCCAAGGGGAACGCUUCUCGGGUCACUGCGGAGGUGGGGGUGCUUUCUGGUCUGCAGCAUUUUUCCGACCCUGGUGCUACCUCAGUGACGGUGGAGUCAUAGAUGCCAGGUGCAGUCGGGGCUGACAGCAGGGAAACGGGUUUGAGUGUCGGAGUUGUCAUGGCGAUACCUUUGAUCCGUACCACUCGUACACCUCAGGAGGGACAGGAGCUGGCUGCAAUAUCCCAAAACAGAGAAGUGCUUGUGAAACACCAGCUACACCUGAAGAAGCAGAGGGACACGGUGGCAUACCGGAUGGACAAACUGACCGCAAAACAAGCUGAUAUCAGCAGGAAAACAGGGGCACUGAAAGACCAUAUGAAGAGGAAGUAUGAGGAGAUGCAGAAAGUGCUGGAGGAGGACCUGCAGAUGUCUCUGACCCAGAUAGACAUGGAGGCUGAGGCAGCCGUGAGCUUCCUGGAGAAGAACUUUGAGAGCUGCUACCUGCUGUCCCAGGACCUGGCUCUGGAGCUGUCUGAACUGAGCCUGCACCUGGAAAGGGACAAGCCUGAGCCCUAUGACCAGAAUUCUGAAACAGAGGGGCGGAUAGCAGAGGUUUUGAAGGUCAUCGAUCCUGACCAGUUCCAGCUGGAUGUGUUUAAGGCUGAACAGCUCCUGAGUUCAGCCAACAAUCUGCUGCUGUUCAUUCGCGCCCAGAUUCCUGUCACGAAGAAACUUUUCAAGAGCUAUACUUCGGAGGUGGCCCUGGAUCCGGACACAGCGCACCCAAAGCUGGUCAUCUCACCGAAUGGUGACCGUGCUUCCUACACCGACAUCUGGCAGGAGCUACAGGAGAGCCCCGCCCGCUUUGACACAACCCUCAAUGUCAUCAGCCGGGAAGGCUUCAUGCUGGGCCGGCACUACUGGGAGGUGGACGUGGGUGGGAAGACAUACUGGGAGGUGGGCCUGACCUAUCCCAGCAUCCCCCGCAAAGGGAAGGAGAAAGACUGCUGGCUGGGGAGGGGAGUGGACUCCUGGUGCAUGGAGUUCUUCGAUGGCGUCUACACUGCCUGGCACGGGGGUGUAGCCCACAAACUGGACGUGACUCAAUGGUUCAAGAGGAUUGGAAUCUUCUGUAGCUUCCCUGGGGGUACGGUCUCCUUCUUGGGCAUGGACAGCAUGACCCCACUCUUUACCUUCUGUGCUGGGACCUUCGCCGAUGCCCUGUACCCGGCUGUGUGCCCUGGCCAUGAUCACAACGGCACCAACAUCGCACCCAUACGAAUCUGUGACGCCCUGCGGUCAGCCUCCACUUUCUGAGUUUUACUAACUUUCAUGAUUUUCUGGGUUGCCAUUCACCAGAUUAUCCAUCAGCAGCCCAUUCCUUUUUCAAAUUGAAGUGUUUGUUGUAAAUAUAUGCUACAGUACCUUCCUUCACAGAUUAUAAUAAAGCCAUUCAUUAACAUAACAACUGGUUAUAAAAACCAAAAGCAUAUUUAUCUUGAAUUAAAUAAUUUCCACGUGCCCAAAGAUAAAAGGACAUUUAGAGGUGGUCCAUUAAAGAAAUCAGCUGCUAUGAUCCAUAUGGAAGCUGCCUGCCAUGGCUGCCAAUCUUGUGAAAUGAUUAAAAAAAACAGAUUCCAGAAAGUCAACAAAUUAAUGGCUAGUUCUAAUGCGGAUUUAGACUGGGAUAUUAUGAAAUUUCUUUACUGUCCUUAGAAAGUGUAGCUCAUCGUGUAAAAUUUCCCUCAUGAAUAUAUGACUGCUUACCAUUGCUUUUAAAAGGAAUAUUUCUAACAAUGACGCUAUCUGGGUGCACUGAGCAUCUACAAUGUUAAAGUUCUUUCCCAAGUACAGUGUGUGCAUGUGCCCAGGGUGUGUGCCAGAGAUAAUGCUUUUUGGCAGUGAUGCAUACAUUCAAUUACACUAACACAAGUCUGCUUUCCUUGUAAGGGCUUGAUCCUGAGGGGCUCAGUAGAGCCUGCUAUUAAUUCUUGAGGAUUUUUCCGGGGGUUGUCAGUGUUGUUCUUUUAAUAAAGAAAAUGACUUUUCUCAGUUUUCUCUUACUCUG